AUGAGUCGAUCGAUGCUGCGCUCUGUCCUGGAGCUCAGGACACCACUCACCCGCCUUCCGCCGACGUUCCUUCUCCCGAUCCACACCCGGCGGUUUAACUCCACGGCACCUAUUAUCGAGCCCUCCGCCCUCGAUGCGCCCCCGGUCGAACAGUCAGACGCGGCGGCAAAGCCCUCAAUAGCACAGCAGGCCCAGGCCGCUGCUGUGAAGACCGCGACACCAUCCACGACGACUACGCCGAUCUCCGACUCGGUACAGGCUGUCCUCCCUUUCUUGGCCGCACAGCCCAAUCACUACAUCACCUUCCACAUCCACGGACGACCCUACCUCGUACAGCCUGGGGACAGCGUACGCCUACCCUUCAAGAUGCCUGGUAUUGUGCCCGGUGAUGUCCUCCGGCUCAACCGCGCCUCAGUCAUCGGCAGCAGAGACUACACUCUCAAGGGCGCGCCCUUCAUCGACGAGCGUGUGUUUGAGUGCCGCGCAGUUGUGACUGGCACCGAGAGCGAGCCCAUGCGGCUCAAGACGAAGACAAAGAGGAGGCAGAGGAGGGUGAAGACGGUCAAGAGCAAGCACCGCUUCACAACAUUGACCAUCAGCGAACUGAAGAUCAACGCACCCGAGGAGAUUGAGGCCUGA